UAAUAUUUAUUUUAUUUCUAAAAAACUUCCUCAAUCAAAAUAAUAUUUAUUUCAAAUUUUAUAUUAACUUGGUUAUCGAGGCCUAAAUUAAGUAGUAAGAUUGUAAGAACAAGCUGAAAAAUGAGUACAGUGAAAAACUGAUUAUGAAUUCAAACAAACAAGGACUUAAAGAUGUGUUACCUUGGUUCGUUUCUAUUCCAGCAGUGUUGUAUCCUUGCAGAGUGCAAAGUGGAGGGAGGAAAUGGAAUUAUGAAAUCCUAGUUUGUUGUUGAUGGGUGCUACGUACAAAUCAAGCGGACGUUAAUAUUCUCAAUAAACCCUACCACUCCAGCUUUAGCCGUUCGUUAUCGUUCAGUUUUUCCCCGAUUUGAGAACAGGAUGGAUGACAAUGUUAGAAAAGCACAGCGGCUUGAUCAGUAGAUAAAAGUUCUUACUAAUAGUUAGCAGUAGUCUUCAUCUGGACUACAAUCUCAGGUCUUGAGCAAAAUUUACAGAAGCGCCUUGGUGACUUAUUAAAAGAGAAAGUAAGGGUUCAAAAUCUAAUAGAUGCGUACAGAGUACAAGCAAAAAUGCAGGAAGAAAUUGCUACAAAGAACCCUGCCCUUGAAAUGGCUGAGGCUGAGGCUGCUGUAAAUCAAACUGUUACCUUGAACCUUGAAACUAACAAGACUUUAGCCGUUCCAGAAGACAGGAACUCCGUGCUGGUUGACACUAGACCUGAUGGAAUACCAAGUCAACAGAUGGAUGCUGUUCAAGAAAAUGGAGUAAAUAUCUUGACAGUUGAAGAGAGCACAACAUCACACACAUAUAGCUCGAUUCAGACCGUUCCAUAUCCUUCUCAGGAAGUUUCCAUGACUGAUGAACUGCCUGUGAAACAUGUAGGUAAUAUCUCUGAAGAUUUUGGUUCCUCCGUAGUGUGGAUGAAAUCUCAGCAAUUGGGAAGCUAAAUGAAACUUUUCUUGGCAAAGAGCUAUCUGAUGUAGUUGAUGGGCAGGAGAAAAUGACAGGUGAUGUCUCGAGCAUUUGAAUUCCUCCACUAUCUUGGUUCAGAAUCAAAUCACCGUGGAGGAUACAACAAAUGAAGGUCAAGAAAAUGGAAUGAACGUUGUUACUGUAACUGAACCACAGGUUGUUCAAGAAACUGCAGGAGAUGUUUCUGGCAAUGUUGAUGUUUUCUAGGUGCAUGGUUGGGGCUGUACCCUCAUUUUGUGGUGAGAAACAGUACCACUGAAAUUGUUAAUGUUUGUAUAUGGACCUGCAUAAAACAUAAAGCAAAAUUUUGAAGUGAUAGGGAACCUUGUAAGGCAAUACACAUUGUCAUGGAAAGAUUAUUAUAGGCCAAAAGUAUCUGGCAAGAGACUUCUUGUCAUUAAUGAAUAAUGAAUCGACGACGAGUUUAUAUUG